CCGACUCGGGAACCAGGGCAUCAGCGGAGAUAGCAGGCUUUACUUCGCCCUCUUAGGCUAACUCGCUUUGGGCUUUGGUUCAGGAUGGACACCUCUAUGAUUUCUCGGAGCCGACGAUGCUCCAUCAUGCGCAACUGCAAAAGCGGUCUCUCCCUCUGGUUGGUAGUGUGGCUGGUCCUCGGCAAGCCAAGUCCGGCAUCGGCAUGCCCGCAACAGUGCGUGUGCUACCCGACGCCCAUGACUGUGAGCUGCCAGGCGCAGAACUUCACCGCCGUCCCGGUCGGAGUGCCCUAUGAGUCGCAGCGUGUUUUCCUCCAGAACAACAGGAUCACGGAGCUUAGAGUUGGCUCUUUUGCCUUCGGAACUCAGGUUCUGUGGCUGUUCUCCAACAACAUCACGUGGAUUCAGGCAGGGGCCUUCAGUGAGCUGAGGGACUUGGAGGAGUUGGACCUUGGAGACAACCCUGGUCUCCACAGGCUGGAGGGUGGAGCCUUCCGCGGCCUUGAGAAGCUUCAGAGCCUCCACAUGCACCGCUGCCGGCUCACUGCCCUGCCCCAUGACAUCUUCCACAAGCUGUACAGCCUGCAGUACCUCUAUCUGCAGGAGAAUAAUAUCCAUUUCCUGCAAGAUGACAUCUUUUCUGACCUCAUCAAUCUGAGCCAGCUUUUCCUGCAUGGCAACCGUAUCCGGACUCUGUCAGAGAACAUGUUCCGUGGCCUGGUCAACCUUGACAGGCUUCUUCUCCACGAUAACCGCAUCAGGCAGGUGAACCGCCGUGCUUUCCGUGACCUCGGCCGUCUGACUAUGCUCUUCCUCUUCAACAACUCCUUGGCUGAGCUGCCCAGUCAGACCCUGAGGGACACGCAAGGAAUUGAGUUUCUUCGCCUGAACGCCAACCCCUGGUCCUGUGGCUGCGAGUCCCGCGGCCUGUGGGAGUGGUUCCGUGAGGCGCGUGUCUCUUCCUCAGAGGUGAUCUGCGCCUCCCCGUCAACCCGCCGUGGCCAGGACCUCCGAUUCCUUCGUGAGAUGGACUUUGCCCUCUGCCCCCUGCCCGAUCCAGGCUCCAUAGCUGGUUCCACCACCACCACCUUCAGCACCAAAACCCGCUGGUGGUUCCACAAGAACAAGCCCCAGUCAUCCACAAAAGGUGUCUUCGAGAAAGCCUCAGAGACUGUCAAAGCUGGUUUGUACGGGAAGGGCCCGUCCACAACCACCUCAGUAGUCAAGUAUGAGCUGGGCGAGGAAGAGCUGGCGCUGCCCAAACUUGACCCAGAAGAGUACUGGGCAAACUACGGCAACGAGGACUCAGGUGUCACCCUGCGAUGCUUCGAGCUUGAAUGUCCACCUGAGUUCGACCUGCCUCCAUCUUCCUCCUCUCCCUCGUUCUCCUCACCAUCCCUUCUAUCACUACUAGCCCUUUCUGCUUUCAGCCUCUGCCUAAACCUGCUAUUCGGCUGAAUCUGACUCUUAGUACUCUGCACCUUUCCCUUGCAGCCUGUUUUAUAGGCUGUGGGGAUCCCUGUUAGACUCUCUUCACCCCCUUUGCCCACUUUGCUGUGAGCCAAUCCUCAAGGCAACAGCGAGGGAGAUGGGGGGAGCGGUCAGAUUUUGUAUCUAGCAACCACAGGGCUUAACACUUUUCAGGGCUGCUAAGAGUUCUUCAGUUGAAGUCAUGUUUAUUUGCAUUACUCUGCAGGUAUGGCGUUCUGUGUCUUACCUGUAUGAUUUCAUGAUUCCCUGUAAUCAGGGUUACGAGGGCUGAGUCCAUCACUAAUAUCAACACAAUUUGAUAGAAGUUGUGAAUGAUGUUGUCAAUUUUGUCAACUUGACUUAGUUCAGAUGACUAGUGCUAUUAGUGCAUCCAGUCCACUGGCUGCAACCAAUACUGCAAUUACUGUUAGAUUCAGUGCACAGUGAUGACAAUACUGUAACCACUUAAAGUGUCAUGUAAAUAGGUAUUUGUUUUUGUGACUGUUCAAACUGACAUUUGUGGUCCAACCAUUUCAUUCUCAUCUUGAUCCAGGGUAUACUCUGAAGGUUAGUGCUUCUUCAGGACAGAGCACUGUGAGGCUUAGCUUUACAAUAAUGGAGAGAAUGGAAGGCAAUAUACUGAAAACAAAGAGGGAAGACUGCAAGAAGAGGGGGACAGACAGAAAGAGUGGGGAGAAGGAUACAUGGUGAAAGAAAUGGGAUUAAAAGAAAAAGGAGAGGGGGGAAAGAGGGGCAGUGAUAUUGCAAUAAUAAGGAGAGAAGCAGCAGGGAUACUGUAGAGCCCUCUUACAGACAGUGCUGGAAGUAGAGGCAGCAACAUAAAAGAGGAAAGUAAUAAAUCAACUCAUCAGUAUUUGUCCCAUCCAUCCUGCUCAUCCCUAAUUCUUCGUGUGUAUGGUGUCAUUUGUGACAACCACAGGGAACGAUUGCUUCCUGUCAGGAAGCCAGACAUUUUGCUUUUUGGAUGUCUUUCUGUGACAUUAUAUGAAUUAUAAUUUGUAAAGAUUGUUGAAUGAAGAUGAAGUUCUUGAUAUAAAGAUACACUGACUAUUUCCUGAACCAUGCUAUCAUGCUUUUUACUUUGGAGGGGAGGGGUUGAUAUUUUGCUGAAUGUAUUUUAAAGAGGGAUCUGACCAGCCAAGCAAAAGCAAGAAACAAAUACAGGGCAGAAGAAGGAAAUUUAAAAGAGAGCUAAAAGUAGCAGAUUCUACCCGUUUGACCAAACUGUGACUAAAUAUGACUAAAGGUCACUAGAAGAACUUACCACAUGGACCUGAUGUCACAGAUAGAGGGUACUCAGCUUUGGCUAUAAUGGCCAUCUGUCACUGUGUGUGCGAAGAUAAAAUAAGAUGAAUGGAUUCACAUGCUGGCAUCACUGCAAAAGGCAACUACGUCAUUAAGUUUGUCACUACAGUGACUCACUGGUGGGCGAUGCCAGAUGGAGAGAAGAGGUGCAAAUGGGCUGAUUUGUAAAUACACUAAGAGAGCAAUGAGAAAGUCUGGUGACUGUCUGGGCUGCAGAGAGCAGGAGACAAAAAUGACAGACACACUGACUUGCAGACAGACUGGUGGAGAUAAUAAGAAGUGAUGGAGGAGCAAUCCUUAAUGUUCACUGUCCAUGUUCACUUUAGGGAAAUCUUUGUGAGACUGGAAAAGUAAAGAGAGGGAAGCAGCUAUAGCAUGGGAGUGGAAGUUACCAAAAAGAGGCAGAGUUCCUCAUUCCUCCCUCUUCAGAGCAAGAAUUCACACCACCUUGUAGGAGAAGGUCAAUGUAGGUGUGCUGAUGUAUAACUACUUCAUUUCUUAUCUUUUUUUACUUGCCCACCUUUUUCCUAAAGUUCCCUGCAUCUCUCAAGGGCAGAGAAAGUAGGAAGGGAGAUGGUCCCUGGUUCCAGAAGAGGUGACAAGGGCAAGGCCAGGGUGUAGGUGCAGAAGAGUGGGAGGCAAUGCAAGCAAGGCACUCACACAAUUGGACCCACUCACAAAGCCAGUUAGCCUUGCCUCAACACAAACAAUGUAAGGCACCUCUCUCUCUUUACUUUUCAGACUUACAGCUAAACAACUGCUGGUUAACUGAUGAAACUAAAAAUGAAGGUUAGACUAAUAUUGGGAAAUAGUAAGUGUCAUCUUGCUGUUAUGUUUCUAAUGGAGUUUUAAAGAGGAGGUCAAACUGAGCCAGGGUGCUCUUCAGUGACCAGAACAGAGAGGUCACUUUCAGACGACCAAAGUGCCAGUUAUACCAUUUUCCCUUUGUCAUUGUGUCAUCGUGCAUGUUCUAUGUUUUGUA